AUGUCGCUGACAGUGACCACCACCCAGGUGGAUAAUCAUGACGCGGGCGGUCGUCGCGAGAGACCCUGGCUAUUCCCAUCGAACCGCAGGCUUCGUCAUCUUCAAGGGAUCUCUGUCCGCAACCUAGUCGUGACUCCAUCGAAUAGGGCUCGUGGCAAGACAAUCGACGACGAGGAUAUCCCCAACUCUCUACAAUCGCCCUCCAAGAUUCUAGCCCAAGAUGCCAACCGUCACCUGCAUCAGUCCCGGUCGUUUACCGAUCUCCAAUCUACGCCCUCUCGCCGCGAAGCCCCCCCGCGCAAAGAGCAAACCCUGCGAUCGUACCGAAGAAACACUCUACUACCGUGGAACGACCCCAAUCCGCGCUCGAGACAGAUCAAAUUGGAGGAUAUCACGAGAACUCGAAUGGCCAACACGUGGUUUUCCCUCCAUUGCGAUGGCCACGAAGGUCCUGUAUACGUGAGCGAGAUCGUGGAGAAUGCCACGAAUCCUAGCUUUCGGGAAUUUGAUCUGAACAUCUGCGGUCCAUUGGUGUCUCGAUCGGACCAGUUGACCCUGAAACUCUGGACGAAGACGACCCCCAUGACAGAAUAUUUCCUGCUUGUCGAACUGCAACUGCACCUGCAGUCUUUACAGUUUCUGGGGAAGUCGUUGGAUAACUUUCACCAACCCUUGCCGGGCAAUUCGAUUCUUUUCCAUUUCGCGGAUGGCGUCUACACGAGUCUGACCGACCUUCCACCGGUCUGGGCGUCGCUGCCCACGAAAAGCAUUCGGCCGCCGGAAGGAGCUGGGCUCUCCACGUCCUCUUACGAUGCGCUGAUGCGGUUGGCGAACUUGGACGAGUGUAUUCAAGACGCGUUGCUAACGCGCGAGAAGCUGGAGGCUCAGAUCAGCUCCAUCCUGGAGGAGAAGCAGCGAGCGAUAGACGUGGUCGGCGAAGCUUCGCGAGCGCGGGAAAAGCUCGCUCAGACCAAAUACACCGUCUCGUCGGAGCGGAAACGGCUGCGACUAGCCGCAAACCGUAAAAAGGACCUCAUGGCCAGCAUUCGAGCGAGGAGGGAGGCCAUGGAUACGGGACGUCAUAGCCAGGAGAAGGCUCGUAGUCAUUUGCCCGAUGCGCAGCAGAAAUUGGCCGCCAGUGCCAGAUUGCUGGAUCAGAACACCGAAGAGGCCAAGGGACAGAUCCGACGGAUUGGGGAGGAUCUCCUCGCGAUCUAUCCCAUCGAGCCGAUCCCUGACAAACCGCUGGCCUUCACUAUUGCCGGCGUGGCGCUGCCGAACUCGAAUUUUGUCGACAUCGACCGGGCCGCCGUGGCGGCCGCGCUGGGAUGGACGGCGCACCUCGUCUACAUGCUGUCCUUCUACCUGUCGGUGGCCAUUCCUUACCCGAUCAAUCCGAACCUUUCGCACUCGCUGAUCCAGGACCCCGUGUCGGCCGCCCUGCCGCAGCGAACGUUUCCGCUGUAUCCGGUGAACGUGCACUACCGGUUCGAGUACGGGGUGUUCCUCCUGAACAAGGAUAUCGAGUUCCUCCUGAACAAGCAAGGGCUGCGGGUGGUCGACAUCCGUCACACCCUGCCCAACCUAAAGUACCUGCUGUACGUGCUGACGGCCGGCACGGCGGAGAUUCCCGCACGCAAGGCCGGGGGGAUUCGAGGUCUGCUGCCAGGGCGCCUCACGCCCAGCUCGUCGCGGCGCGGAAGUGAGGAUAGCGUUACAUACGGCCAGUCAGCCCUAGCCCGAAAGGUGCUGGAGCCCAUGCCGAAAUCUAAUGGGGGGAUUGCGCUAGACAAGGGGAAGUAG